UUUUGUACGAACAUGGCGGCGACUCCCGUAACAAACCCUUCACAGUUGCUCCCGCUCGAGCUUGUGGACAAAUGUAUUGGAUCUCGAAUUCACAUCGUUAUGAAGAAUGACAAAGAGAUUGUUGGGACCCUUCUGGGAUUUGACGACUUUGUCAAUAUGGUGCUGGAAGAUGUCACAGAAUUUGAGAUCACUCCGGAGGGAAGGAGGAUAACCAAGCUGGAUCAGAUCUUAUUAAAUGGAAAUAACAUCACAAUGCUUAUACCUGGAGGCGAAGGUCCAGAAGUUUGACCAGAUUUGUAAAUUAUUCAACCAGGAAACUUUUUCUAUUUCUUAGUUUACCUUGAGUUUACCUUCAGUGACUUGUUUUGUGCUGGAUCAAAAGAAAUGUUAUUUUUUGUAACAAAAGUUAGUUUCCUUACUGGAAGCUUUAAUUUUGUAUGUGUCUUUGAGGCACACAUUAUGCACUGGUUGUAAACAGUGAAUCACAGCUUACUGUAAAAUGAAUAUUUUUGUUUUGUUAUAAAAAGAAAGGUAAAAACUAAAGCCCAUGUAUAUAUAUAUUUUUUAUUUCAACCUAAUUAGAGCUUAUUAGGAAUGGUGUACACUGCAGAAGGUUGUCCAAUACAAAAUUCUAAUUACUAUAACAUAUUUGCAAACAAGUUUUGGUCUGAAUAUUUAUUUUGUUGUGGUCCAUGUAGAUUCUACAACAUAAACUCCUCUGGCAAAAUGUAUCAGUGACCUUUCUUUCACGUGACCUCUUGGCUUUUGUCUGUAAGCAGUUGUAUUCUUUGAAAGCUUUUAUUAUGGGUAUAAUAUUUUGCAGCUACAUUUGUCAUGCUUUCAACACCUCUCUCAUACAUCGUUUUCAAAGGAAUGUAAUUCUAUCUUUAGUGUGAUAACAAAAGGGUUAUUCAGUAAUAAUAACCUUAAUGUAUAUGCUGGCCUGAUUAAGUUUAUCUUUUAAUACCAACAGUUCUGGCAUGUAUCUAUUUUCUUGAAUGUGUUUUGGAAUAUAUUUUUGGAAAUAAUGUACAGUCCUCAUUUCCAGGUGUACAAUUUGAGUUUUCUUGUAAUGCUCUCUCUAUACAGUCAAUAGCCACUAGAGGGCAUGUCUGUAGGCAAAAAAAAAAGCAAUAUAUUUGAAGAACAGGGAUGUUAACCCCAGUAUCCUCCUAAAUUCACUUAAUUUCUAAUAAAAACAAUACUUAGUACAAUAAAAAAAAUACAUCCUAUCUA